UUUAGGUACAAACUACGUUAGUAGUACCCACCAACAUUUUCCAACACUACCAAAAUACGAUUUUUAAUCUGGUGAUUUCCAGGACGAAAUGGACGAAAACAACCUAAUUUAUGGGCUAGAACUACAGGCCCGUGCCUUGACUCCCCAGUACGGUGAAAGCAACGACGUUUGCUUCUUUAUAGCCACCAAUUCCCUGAAGCCAACGAAUCAGGUGCACCUAAUUCAGUACGAGGAGGAACAGGGAACAACCGUGCAAUCGAAGGUAUUUGAGCACGCCUUGGGGGAAGUGUGGAAGCUAAACAGUUGCCCCCACAACUCCCGCCUGCUGGCAUCUGUCUACAAUGUUCAGAAAGGAGCCCAGGUUCUUGCCCAAUCUGCUCUGCUAACUUUGCCGGAGGACCUAAACGCCGCUUCGGAUGCGGAGCAAAUGAAGUCAGAGUACAUACCCUGGGCGCAAGUGGAGCUGCUGAACACCGAGAGCCUUGGCGAACGGGUGAAGACCAUAGAAUUCCAUCCUAGUCAGGAGCAAACCUUGGCCUGCGUCGUGGACAACAAGGUGGCGGUGAUGCAGCGCGCAGAGUCUGAAACCCGCGUGGUUGCCGAAGUGCCAACCUCAGGAUCGGCGAGUGCUAAGCACACGUCGCACUUCACCACCGGCAAAUGGUCGCAUCACCACCAGGGGCACCAGUUCCUCACACUACACGACGGCAACUUAAGUGCCUACGAUGUAAGAGACACGCAGCACUGUGCCUGGAACAUCAGCGACGCCCACGGCCAGAUGGUGCGCGACCUGGACUGCAAUCCCAAUAAGCAGUGCCACCUAGUCACUGGCGGCGAUGAUGGCUAUCUGCGGAUCUGGGACUGCCGAAUGCCCAAAGCGCCAGUAUUUGAGCGCAGCGAUCACUCCCACUGGGUUUGGUCCGUGCGCUUCAACACAUUCCACGACCAGCUGCUCCUCUCCAGCUCCAGUGACUGUAAAGUGCUGCUCACCUGCGCCGGUUCCGUCAGCUCCGAGACCCAAGUCCAGGCCGGGCUGGAUGACACAAAUUUCGGCAGUAGCGGCGGUGGUGCAGAAACUGAAGACCAGCGCCACAAACUGUUGCCGGACGGACUCCUGCAGACCUUUGACCAGCACGAGGACUCUGUAUACUGCGCGGAGUGGAGCAACGUGGAUCCCUGGAUCUUUGCUUCGCUCAGCUACGACGGCCGCGUCAUAAUCUCCAAGGUACCCAAGCAGUACAAGUACCAGAUUAUAUUUUAAGCAAUUAAACGUAAA